UUUUAUGAUUUUUUAUUUUGGUAGAAUAAAGAAAUUGUAAUUGCUGCUAAACCUCUGAACAACGGCCACUGAUGGGUACGUAAAAUGUGUCCGUUCUUCGGAGGUUGCCGUUGUUUGGAGGUUAUUUUGUAUGAAAUUCAAAGGAGAAACGUCCCUGAAAAAAUUGGCCGCCGUUUACAGGUGGCCGUCAUUAAAGUGUCCCUUUCAUCCUUCUCCUUGAGGCCGCCAUUGUUAGAACGUCUUAAUUAUAUCACCACAUACGCUUGUGAAGAGCGUGAACUUAGGGUAGGAUGCGAAAAUGGCGGACUUAUAAAAUUAGUUCGGGCCAAUUAUGGAAGAUUUAGCAUAAGCAUAUGUAACGAUCACGGUAAUUUGGACUGGAGUGUAAAUUGCAUGUCAUACAGGUCCUUUCUGAUAAUGCAAGACAGGUGCAGUCUAAAGCCUAGUUGCAGUGUGGUCGUAUCUAGUAAUAUGUUUGGAGAUCCAUGCCCCGGCACGCUUAAGUAUUUAGAAGUGCAAUAUCAUUGCGUUUCAGGUUCGGGAACAACGCCGGGAAAAUUAAAUUCGUUGUUAAAUAUGGGUAACAACACCAACGAAACAACGAUCGAAAGAACGGAGAGUGCCACUCCAACUUCCACCAUGAUUUAUCCUUCGAGUUCUCCUCUUUCAUCUUCCGUGACGUUAGAGGCUGUUACGAGUCCUUAUCUGGAGCAAUCUAUAGCUAAUACCAAUACUUCUGUGGCCACUACAGAUACUUUAACCAAAGAAGAAAUAUCUGAAUUAAUUUCUGGAUUUGAAAAUGUACAGUUAGCAAAUUUUUGCAAAAUUUUAGCCAUUACAUUAUCUGAUUUAGAUAUGUAUGAACAUAAAUCCUCAUUAUUUGCACAAAUGAAACAGAAGAAAAAUCAUAAUUUUUAUGUGCGUGAUAUUAAUCAAGGGCUUGCUAAAUGGCAUUGCGGCAUGGAUCCUAUCAGAUGGUCUUCUGAUGUUCCCGAUUUGCAGGAAUGCAAAUCAUUCUGGGUGGAAAACCUUAGGAGGAGGAUGGAAGAAGGCGAAUCUGUCAUAAGUGUAGCAACAGAACUUGCAUUAAUGACAGUCAACAAAGCAGUUUUCAGUGAAGAUUUGAAAGAUGUCAGCGAUGUGAUCCAACAGACUUUAACCAGGACAGUGAAUAGCAUGGAAAACUUUCUAGAUAUGUGGCAUAGGUAUCACGUGCUAAGAGAAUUGUUACAGUCUUUACUAGAGACGGUCAGUAAUUUAUUAGAAGAUGAUCAGCUUGAUGCUUGGGAAGAGCUGAGUUCUUCAGACCGCAGACAAGUGACUUCUUCUCUACUGGGAGAGUUGGAAGAGAGUGCUCUUCUUCUAGCUGAUGCAUCUGGACAGGAUGACUCGUUUACAAUUGCAAAAAAUAAUGUGUUAUUAUCUGUACAAGUUUUGAAUACAAGAAGUUUGAAAAGUGUACAAUUUCCCAUCUUAGAAGAAUUUAAGGAUGACAAUGCGAGCACUGCUUGGAUCAGAAUGGAAGAUUCACUUCUUCUACCAGCACAAGCACUGGCAGAUAUGUCCAGACAUGGUCUGGCUAAAGUAGUUUUCAUGGCAUACAGCAGAGUUGGUGAAUUCUUAAAACCAGAGUUCAAUUUCCAUCCUCGUUCUCUUUCGCGGGAUCUGUCUGCAGAAGAAGAGAGUCCGAGAAACAUCACUAGAAUAGUUAAUUCUAGAGUGAUUGCUGCAUCAGUGGGUAAACAUGGAAUGAUCAGAUUAACCCAGCCAGUUAUAAUUACCCUUAAACAUUUACAGGAAGAUAAUGUUACCAAUCCUUAUUGUGUUUAUUGGGACUUUCAUGAGAGAGAAUGGUCAGGUCAAGGUUGUUGGGUACAGCACUUUAACAGAACUCAUACCAUUUGUGCCUGUGAUCACUUAACCAAUUUUGCUGUGAUUAUGGAUGUUAAACCUAUUAUGGAAUAUCAAGGACAUAAAGACAUGAUGAAGAUAAUUAUAACUAUUGGAUGUACAAUUUGCAUUCUUUGUCUGCUCAUAACAGUCUUUUUACUCUUCCUGUUAAGGAAUCUAACUGGAGAUAAUAUAAUAAUACACAGAAACCUCUUCCUCUGUUUAUUAAUUUCUGAAAUAAUAUUUUUGGGAGGGAUAGAUCAGACUACAUACCAUAUUAUCUGCAGUACUAUUGCUGGUCUUCUACAUUACUUCUUGUUAGUCACUUUUGCUUGGGCUUCCCUGGAAGGUUUUCAAUAUUAUAUCAUGCUGACAGAAAUGGUAGAACCAGAAAAGUCCAGAGGAUGCUGGUAUUAUCUUCUUGCUUACGGUGUGCCCAUUAUAAUUGUUGCCAUAUCUGCUACGGUAGAUCCGUACAGUUAUGGAACAGAAAAAUAUUGUUGGCUUCGAGCAGAUAAUUACUUCACCUACAGCUUUAUUGGUCCCGCUGUUGGAAUAUUAUUUGGAGGAUCUGUGUUUUUAAUAAUAGCCAUUUCUAUAAUGUGUCAGCAUUCAAAUUUAACUACUACUGUCAAAGGUAAAGAAGAAGCAAAACUUGCUAGCAUAAGAUCUUGGAUCCGACUGGCAAUAAUUCUGUUCUGUCUCUUGGUUUUGACUUGGACAACAGGUUUAUUAUAUGCAAAUAGAGAGACAAUCUUCUUAGCAUAUAUUUUUAUGGUGGUCAACACUCUGCAAGGACUAUACAUUUUGGUUUUCUAUUCAUUUGGAAGUAUAAAGGUUAGAGAAGAAUUAAGAAAAUUUCUCCACCAAAGAGGCCUGUUAUCAUUACAAGUUUACAGCCCAAAAUCCGAAGAUGCCUUGACUAGUCAUCAGCCAAAUGGAACAGUUCCUGCAGUUUCCAGCCCAAGCCAACAUAGUAUACCUCCGGAGUCCUGGAGCUUACCGAAAGAAGAAAAUUCUUCUAUAGUGCUCAAAUUCACCACACCAGGUCUCCCAUAUACUACAGUGCCCAACAGCCAGGAAGCUGAAAAAGAUAAUUUAACUCCUAAUGUUGCUAAAGAAUUGAAGAAGUUUUCAUAUAAUAUACAACCAGUGGUGCAAAGGUAUAGCAAGUCUUCCGAAGCUGAAGUUUAUGUGUCGAAUUCCAACACUGCAACUUUACAAAACUGGCCACAAGAAAAAUGGUACAGAAGUUCUCCGUAUCAGCCAUAUUCGGAUAUUUGUACUCCUUAUGUCGAUCACAUUUACGAAUCCAUUGAAAAUCACCUGGAAACACCAGAAAAUCGUUUCUAUGCCAGUAAAGUUCAUCAAAAUUUUGAACGGUGUUGUAGUGAGCGAUCGGAUUUAAGUCAGCAUUCAUUAUUGAACUAUGGACCCGACCAACAUUCAUAUUUAACAGAAUCUCUCACACUGAAACGCCAUACACGUUCUCCUCUUCCACAACAGAUAUAUGGUGAUAGCAAAACUUAUUCUAGUAAGUCGCCUGAGAUGCAAAAGUGGUAUCGCCACGAACGACACCACAGGAGUCAUCAACGCUCUUCCAGUGACAAACUUCCUAAUGAUGUGAUACAAAUUAUGAAUGACAUUUGCAUUCCAAAUAAUGAAGAAAGUCAAAGACUUUCGAGUGCAGACAAUGUAGUUUUUCCAGACUUACUCAAGUGCCGAAACAGUUCAGAAGUCAUGGGACUGAUGGCGGUAAUGGAUAGGGAGAAAGUGAAAAGUUGUUUACCAUCAUAUAACACAGAACUUAAUUAUAAACUAAGUACUGGUACUCCCUGCUGAUAAUAACUAAUGUUAAAUUUAUGGGAGUUUCUCAGGUAAUUGUGUGCUCUUUAAAAGAGAAUGAUUCUGGCAAGUUUGAAACUCGUCGGGGAAUCAAAUCAGCUCUAUUUAAAUACUAGUUUAAAGAUGUUAGUAAAAGUGUGACUUUCAAAUCUUUGAAAAAUUUUUUGAUGUUCAAAUGCAGGCAAAAAUUUUCCAAUUAAUCUCUGCAUGCUUCCUAGUCUGAAUGGCCUAGUCAAGAUAACUUUUUGUAUCUUGGUUGCAUUUCAAUUCUUUUGUAUAAAAGUUUCUUAAAAUUACGAAGCACUGGCUUCUAGCCUUAUACUAUACGUUUUUUGUCGAUGAAAUGAAAUCUGGUAUAAUGUAACUUCUGUCAAAAAAGGAUAUCCUGAUUGUAUGGCUGAUUAUUUUAUCAAUGUUGCAUUAAAGGGUGGUUAAAUAAUUAAAAUGUACAAAGACUAUUUCUUUCAAGCACAAAGAAAAAAAAAAAAAAUUUACACAAUAUUUGAAUUUAUAUUCAUUUUUUGAUUUUAUAUAUUAUAAAAGAGCAGACCGUCCUCUUGAUUAAAGCAUUCAUUUGCAAAACUGUCUCAUCAUUAAAAUUGUCAAUUUAAAAUAUUCUGACAUUCCAUCCAAUCAAUAAAAACUGGGUUAUAUAAAUGUCGUGAAUCUUUUUUUGUAUAUUCCUAGAAUUAAUUAAAUGUAAAUAUUAAUAAUCUGUACUUGUUUAUUUGGUAACAUUAUUUCACUUUGCCUUUCUCUGGUAGUUUAUAAAGAAAAAAAAAUUCUAAUCAUGGUGUGUUUUUUGAAGAUUUUUAGAUAAAUGUAUAAAAAAAUCUUAUUUGUAUAUGUAAU